UCUCACGCGCAGUCUAUGCAAAUAAUGAUACUUUGAGUUUCAUUUUCAGCGACGAUACGGAGGGUAGCUCUCAUGUGAAGGUGAUUUUCCACCGAGACAAAACAACAACAGCUACUAAUAAACAGAAAUGGCCUCUGCAAACAUUUCAGAGGAGUUUCUGUGCUCCAUCUGUUUGGAUGUUUUCACGGAGCCUGUUUCCACUCCCUGUGGACACAACUACUGCCGGGCCUGCAUCAGCCGCUACUGGAGCUCCAGGGACAUCAUCCAGUGUCCGCUGUGCCAAGAAACCUUCCGGACAGCCCCCAAACUGAGAGUCAACACCGCGUUCAGAGACAUGUUGGAGAUUUCCAAGAAGAACAAACAAGCAGCAGGUGAGGAUGGAGGAUCCCCGGCCGGGCCUGGAGACGUGCCCUGUGACCUCUGCGAGGGGAAUAGGAAACGUAAGGCUGUGAAAUCCUGCCUGGUUUGUUCGGCCUCUUACUGCGUCGCUCACCUGAAGCCCCAUCGCACCGUGCAGAAGUUAAAGUGGCACCAGCUGAUCAACCCCGUGGAUUCCCUCGAGGAAAGGGUCUGCAGGAAGCACAACAAAGUGAUGGAGUCUUUCUGCAAGAGAGACCAGUGCUGCCUUUGUCCCGUGUGCCUGAAGGAAGACCAUGUGGGGCAUGACGUCGUCUCUUUGGAGGAAGAGUUUAAGGCGAGGAAAACUUUUCUGCAGCGUUCAAAAACACCUAUUGACAACGCUAUAUCAGAUAAAUGCAACACGGUUAUAAGAGUGGAAAACUUGAUGAUGGAAAGUAGGCAGAAGGUGGAGGAAACUAAGGUGGAAACGAACCAAGCCUUCGAUGGUUUGGUUGCCGCAGUCCUCAGUAAAAGAGCUAAGCUGAUGGAUGUUUUGGAGGAGAAGCAGGAAGCCGCAGAGCAAAGGGAUAAAGCACUAAAGAGACAGCUCGGGCUGGAGCUCGCAGAACUCCGUGAGAUGAGUCUGAAGAUGGAAGAAUUUUUAAAGACAGAGGACGAAUUUCAACUCCUGCAGAACCUACCAUCCAUCCCCUCUGCAACAAACACAAGGCAUCGCUAUACAGAACGCAAAAUUCUCCUGCAAGUAGAGGAAGUCUUGAGAGCGGUGGCUAAAAUCGAGGAGAAGCUCAACGAACACUUAGACAAGAUUAUCAGAGAGCUCAUUGAGGUGGAUACGGAAGAGGAGGCCUUAGAACAGCAAACCGUGUUUGACGAUGAACCUUGGAGGCGCAGUUCACCUUUCCCUUGAAGUACGGAAGGGUCUCCAAGAGCAAGUGUAAAGUACUGAAUGGAUAGUUUUGUAUUUCAGGUUAAAACAGAAAAAACAACUUUAUAUUAAGGAAUACAUGAACAUAUGGCAAAAUAUCAUCAUUAUUUCUAUGUGAAAAUAAUACUGUAAAUAUUGUUACUUUCUAUAGCUUCCUAUUUCUACGAAAUUUCGCUCACCUUUAUUGUGACUCUAUUGAAAUGUUUACAUUUUAAAAUGUGCUGUUUAUUUUGGGAUUUUAUUAAGACUGUACUUUAUUCAAUGUUUAAUGCCUAAACACACUGCUGCUCAUGUAACACAGAUAACUCAUUGUACACUUUGAUUUACUCUAUUGUUUUCCUUUCUGAUGCUGUGUUGGUGAUUUCUGAGCAAUCUCUGAAGGAAUCAUUUAUUUUGGGGUUUAUUAAGUUAUAUAUUAUCUUAAAGAAUAAUCAAUGUUACUCGGCUAACUUUUAUUUGGCUUCUUUAGUCAUACUCGUGUUUGGGUAUCGUUUGCCAUUUUCUUCGCAUGUUAAGAUUCACUUUUAAUUUUUAUAUCAAAAUAAAAUAUAGUUGUAAUAUAUUUGUUUUCUGAAAUGGAUGCAGUUUUUGUCUUUGGUCACUUGAGGGCAGUGCACACACAGUAAUGGUAUUCUGCUAAACCCUAAUAAUAAACAAAUACACAAGUUAAUGUGCACUAAACAGGAGAUACAUAUUAUUAUUCAAAAGACAGUCAUUUUAAUGUCUUCAUACAAGGUGGGUUAUAUUUAGUUUCCACUCAAUUUGCUGGAGGUAAGAAUGACAUUA